AUGUCGAUGUUUCCUAUCCCUCGUCUUGUUGAUUUGAAGUAUGACAAUUGGAGUAUCCAAAUGAGUACCUUACUGGACAGCGAAGGCUUGUGGGAUAUUGUUGAAAGAGGCUAUAAAGCGCCUCAAGAAGGAGUCGACAAAACAGAGGCAGAAAAGACGGCAAUGACGGAACAAAAGAGAAAAGAUAAAAAAGCUCUUUUCUUUAUUUAUAAAGCUCUUGAUGAAACUACUUUUGAGAAAGUAGUCGAAGCUACAACUUCCAAAAAGGCAUGGGAGAUCCUACAAGUAGCAUACAAAGGUGAUACAAGAGCAAAAAGUAUUCGCCUUCAAAUCCUGAGAGGGGAAUUUGAAUCGUUGGAGAUGAAAGAGUCUGAAAAUGUAUCAGACUACUUUACAAGAGUAUUGGUUAUUGUCAACCAAUUGAGAAGAAAUGACGAUAACAUUGAAGAUAGUCGCGUCGUAGAGAAAAUUUUACGCUCAUUGGAACCAAGGUACGACUAUGUAGUCGCGAUUAUAGAAGAAUCAAAAGAUGUGAAAGAAAUGAAGGUGCGAGAAUUAUUAAGCUCUCUACAAGCUCAUGAAGUAAGAAUGCAAAGAAGAAGGAGAGAGCCUAUGGAGCAGGCUCUACAAACCAAGCUCACCAUUAUUGACCAAAAAGAAGAGUCAAAGACCGAAGGUUUGCAAGAAAAUGGCAGUGGACGUGGUAACUUCCGUGGACGUGGUCAAGGUAGAGGCCGUGGUAGGGGCUUUGCUCGAGGCCGAGGAAGAAAUAAAGACAACAAUCAAGGUAGAGACCAACGGUAUGACAAAAGAAAUGUAAGAUGUUAUACUUGCAACAAAUUUGGUCAUUAUGCAACGGAAUGCCGCUCUAACAAUGUGCAAGGGAAUGCUAAUUACGCGUCAAAAAAAGACAAUGACAAUGAUGUAGUUUUGCUAGCAAGAAAGGAUGGAGAUUACACAAAUAAGAAUUUGUGGUAUUUAUACUCCGGGGCAAGCAAUCAUAUGUGCAGGCGUAAAGAUAUGUUUGUCGAGUUGGAUGAAACGGUGAAUGGACAAGUUUCAUUUGGAGACGCGUCCAAAAUCCAAGUAAGAGGCGUUGGUAAGAUUCUUAUCAAACUUAAAGACGGAGCUCACACAUACAUCACUGAUGUUUAUUAUGUGUCCGACAUGAAAACAAAUAUUAUUAGUCUUGGACAAUUGCUUGAGAAAGGUUUUAAUAUGCAACUAAAAGAUGAUAGUCUUUGUCUAAAAAAGCAAAGCAAACUUAUUGCUCAUAUUCCUAUAUCUAAAAAUAGGAUGUUUUCUCUUGAUAUUAAGCAUGUUACUGCAAAAUGCUUAAGUACAUGCAUAAAGGAUAUUACAUGGCUAUGA